AUGGAAAGUUAUAGUUAUAUUACGGAACAAGUGUAUUUUAUUUGGUCGUUAACACGAGGUUCUUUGAAUCUAUUAGAUAAUGCUUUUAUACCUGAUUUUACUAUAACUGGAGUAUCAUCAACUGAUUGUACAGCUGUCUAUGCUACAGGAUCAUUUACCUGUCUGAAGGCUGAAGUGGCAUUAAAAAGAGAAAUAGGAUUUUAUAUAACUCAGACAUACAUACCCAGUAUAUUGAUAGUUAUCUUAUCAUGGGCUUCAUUUUGGAUUGAUCACGAGGCAGUUCCCGCCAGAAUAUCAGUUGGUUUGUUGACAGUUCUUACCAUAACAACACAAAGUUCAGGUGCACGUUCUCAGUUACCAAGGGUACCAUAUAUAAAGAGUAUUGACGUAUGGAUGGCCGUCUGCCUAGUUUUUGUUUUUGGCGCCUAUAUGGAAUAUGCUGUGGUUACAGUUUUAAGCAGAAAACACAGAAAAUCUAAUGAGAGGAGUAAAUCUGAAUCAAGUUUAAAUGGUGUGGUAUUAAAAGAAAAUGGACAACCUGGGAAUUCUGGAGUGAAUACGGAACCUGGUGUGAAUCCAGGUAGAAACGUCGAUAAAAGAUCAAGAUUCGUCUUCCCUAUGUCAUUCUUAAUAUUCAACCUGGCGUACUGGAUUUUUUAUAUUCACGGACCAAAGUAAAAUACACCAGAGCACAUGUCGUCCUCCGUGCCACUCGCGGAUUACAAUUAUUCGCGAAGUAAAUACUAACGAAAGAAACGUAAAAUAUUCAUUUAAAAAAAUUAAAACAAAUAAAUGGAAACAACUCCAAAAUGUGUAUAAAUAGAGAAUCUCCUAUGAGUCUUUUUUGAUAUAAAAAAGACGAGUAUGAGAUUUUAUUUAUCACCCAAUCCUUUCUUACAUGCACAAUUAAAUAAAAAUAAUUCUUUGCUAUAGACUUCACUUUUACUGAACCUGAUUACAUUACGGCGUACUGAUACAUCAUUUUUUUGACGGCAAUUCAACCAUUGCAAAGUCCUUUAUAUUG